UUCUGCAGCUUCACGCCACAUUCUCGGGGGUGCUGUUCGCCUGCUGAGCCGCAAACUGAACCUGGAGCUGAGCAGCUGUAUGAACCGGGAUGAAGCUCGCUCUAUCCCGGGUUAGAAAUCACAUUUAAAGGGUGGAAGUUUUUGCACCGCGGUUACAGUGGAUUACGGCCGAAAAGCUGUCGUUAUCACACAAAGUCUCUGGAAAGAAAGGACUCUCUGAAGAUUGCGCCAUAAAUGUAUCAAGAACUUGGAGCCCAGUAUGAAAAAGGCGAGCAGGCCCACAGGCGCCUCCAGCAAAACCACCACAGCCACUAAACCCCUGGGCAAACCCGAGCCCAGUGGCACUAUGGGCACCGGAGGGAAGAGCACCAGCAAGAACCAGAACUCGGCCCUUCUGUCUAAGACGAAGAGCAACGAUGACCUUGCAGCCAUGAGCGCAGGAAGUGGAGGCGCCUCGGUGGGCAGUGGCAGCAGCACUACAACGAGGAGCAAGAGGAGCACCAGUUCCACUCAGAACAACACAGAGACAAAGACCAAGGCCAACUCGGGUUCCUCAGGAAGGCGUGGGAUGUCCUCUGCAGUAAAGGAACCUGGAGUGACUCGUGAGAAAACCAGCACUGCCAAGAAGCAGUCUGGACCAUCUAACUCUGUGGCUUCGAAGCGUUCUCGCUGUCGCACGUCAACUGAGUCUGAAACCCAGGCAAGCAAAUCACGCUAUGAUAUCAGCAACAAAGCAAUGCUGGAGUCAAGAGUAAAGGACUUGCUGGGCUUGGCCAAAAGCAAAGACCUUGAGAUUCUGCACUUGCGUUCUGAGUUGCGUGGGAUGAGGGCUCAGCUGGGUCUGGAGGACCAGGAAGCCCCCGAGCAAGAAGAGCAGUGUGAGGCCGAGCUGCCACAAGAGAAGGAAGCUGUAUCUGGGAUAAGCGCUGCUGAUGUGGAGUCGACCCUGCUGUUACUGCAGGACCAGAACCAGGGCAUUCGUGGGGAGCUCAACUUGCUGAAGAGUGAGAACCGAAUGUUAAAGGACCGACUAAAUGCUCUAGGAUUCUCAUUGGAGCAGCGUCUGGACAGUCCUGAGAAAGGACUGCACUGUGCCUCUCUCAGUCCUGAGCCCACAACCAGCGGUGGGGGCAGCAGCAGUGGUGGGGAUGGAGGGACUCGAACCUCCUCAACUGAAGGUUCUGCCAGGGGUUCAACUGAGGAUUUACUGUCGGAGGCGAGACGAGUAGGGUCUCCGGAUGUUCCGGACAGUGAGUGCAGUGAACCUUGCCAGGCUGUGAUGUCUAGUGAUGAUGCCCUGGAUGCACCAUCUGGUUGCGGUUCGUCGUCAGAGUCAGAAGGUGGCUCGCCAGGCCGAAGGCGCUCGCGCCGGGGAAGUAGUGGCAACGCUAGUGAGGUCUCAGUGGCCUGCCUGACUGAGCGCAUUCACCAGAUGGAGGAGAGCCAACACAGCACAGCAGAGGAGCUUCAGGCCACGCUUCAAGAGCUUGCAGACCUACAGCAGAUUGCACAAGAGUUAAGUGCAGAGAACGAACGCCUGGGUGAGGAGCGAGCCAUCUUGGUGGACUCACUGCGCCAGCAAGGUGAGCGGCUGGAACUCUAUAGCCGACAACUGGACUACUUGCGUGGCCUGCUGGAUGAGCACCGCGUAGCUUAUGCCAAAGAUGAUGAGGAUGCCAAGAGCAGUCGCUACAUGGAGCUGGAGCGGCGCUACAGCGAGUUAAACGAGAACUCGCGCCUUGAGAGGGAGCAGCUUCUCGGUGUGCAGCAGCAGUUGAGCAGUGCGCUGAAGAUGGCUGAGCAGGAGAAUGCUGAGUCGCAGGGCCUUAUGGGAGCCCUGAAGGAGCGUGUGCACCUGGCGGAGAGGGCUGCCGAGCUGGAGCGAAGAGAACGCGAGGCCACUGCUGUUGAGCUUCAUGGCAUGAGGAUGCAGUCUGAGGAUGAGCAAGCCGAACUAGCUCGCUGUCGGCUCCAGCUGGAGCAGGAGAGGCAGAGAGUGGCCCAACUCCUCUCCAUCCAAGGUGCCGGGGACAAGACUGACAUACGCCACCUGCUGGACAGUGAGAGAUUAGACAAAGAGCGAGCCGAAACUAAAGCAGCAAAGCUGCAGGAGGAACUGGGGCACACUCGCAAUGAGGCUGCUCAGCUUCAGGAUGCAAUUAGAAAGCUGGAGGCAGAUUUCCAAUCAUUCCGGGACGAGGUGCAGAAACAGCUAGCCGAGCAGAAGCGUGUUCUAGCGCAGCAGUGCUCAGAGCUGGAGGAGAAGGACACAGAGAUCGCUGACAUGAAGGAAACCAUCUUCGAGCUGGAGGACGAAGUGGAGCAGCAUCGAGCCGUCAAACUCCAUGACAACCUCAUCAUCUCUGACCUGGAGAAUUCUAUUAAAAAACUUCAUGACCAAAAAUAUGACAUGGAAAAGGAGAUUAAAACGCUUCACCGUAAACUCCGGGAGGAGUCAGCAGAGUGGAGACAGUUCCAGGCUGAUCUCCAGACUGCUGUGGUCAUUGCCAAUGACAUAAAAUCUGAGGCUCAGGAGGAGAUCGGGGACCUGCGGCGCCGCCUACAGGAGGCUCAAGAGAAGAACGAAAAGAUGAGCAAAGAGCUGGACGAGCUCAAGAGCAAGAAGCAGGAUGAGGAACGUGGGCGUGUCUUUAACUACAUGAAUGCAGUAGAGAGAGAUCUGGCUGCAUUGAGACAGGGGAUGGGGCUCAGCCGCCGCUCUUCCACCUCAUCAGAGCCCUCGCCCACCGUCAAAACCCUCAUCAAGAGCUUCGACAGUGCCUCACAAGGCCCUAUUCCCGGCACUCCAACAUCCGCUGUUCCCGCUGUAGUCGCCGCUGCUAUUUCUCGAACCCCUCUCAGCCCAAGUCCAAUGAAAACCCCUCCCGCUGCUGCCGUGUCCCCCAUUCAGAGACACACGGUCAGCACGCCCAAAGCCCUGUCCUCACUGGUGGAUAAGAGAAGCAGCUACUCCGAGCUCAGUAUGCCGGUUUCUCGCAGGAGCAGUGAGGAGCUAAAGAGGGACCUGUCGGUCACUGAUUCACCAAACCCCACCUCAAUCAUCAAUUUAGGCUCCGCCUCCCCUCAGCUCUCUCUGUCCUCAAACUCCUCCUCCCCCACAGCUUCGGUCACGCCCACUACACGUGGCCGUCUACGCGAGGAGAGGAAGGACCCACUCGCUGCUCUGGCCAGAGAAUACGGAGGAUCAAAGCGAAACGCUCUCCUCAAGUGGUGUCAGAAGAAGACAGAAGGUUAUCAGAAUAUAGACAUCACUAAUUUUAGCAGCAGUUGGAACGAUGGACUGGCCUUCUGUGCUGUGCUGCACACGUACCUGCCAGCUCACAUCCCAUACCAGGAGCUCAACAGCCAGGACAAGAGAAGAAAUUUUACUUUGGCCUUCCAGGCAGCAGAAAGUGUGGGGAUCAAAUCUACUCUUGACAUCAGUGAGAUGGUCCACACAGAGAGACCUGAUUGGCAGAGUGUGAUGACGUACGUCACCUCCAUCUAUAAGUAUUUUGAGACCUGACUCAGAGCCAUCUCUCUCUCUCUCUAUGUUCCAUAGACACCUUGUCACACUCGAGCUGAAGGACUGCUUUUACAGUCACAGCUAUGCAGGUCUACUCGUUAUCACUCAUUAUAAGCUACUGUUCCUCUUUAAUCAGGCAGCGUGUGUAGCUUCUUUAUUUAAUGGCAGGCCAUAAUUAUUAUUAUUAUUAUUAUUAUUAUUAUUAUUAUUAUUAUAAUCAGCCAUAAUGUGUGCUGAUUAAACGCCUAACAGCCGAGUGGUAUUUUAACGAGUCCCUCACCUUCUCCGUCUCAGCUUUUGUGUGUUAAUGUGAAGGAGUUUCAGGUGAGAAGGACUGGAAAGACUGAAACUCAGAGCUGUUUUAUGCUUUUCUUCAAGCUCCACUGAUGAUCACUCGCUCAUGGUUCCUAAGAUGUGCUGAAUUCAUUAUUCUGGAGAUGACACGGCCAGGUUCUCCAUCAGGUUCCUCUUACAGCGUGAAAAGUACAUGAUAGGAUUGUAUGCUCAAGUAAAAUGUGAAUUCGCUCCACACACGCAAGAGUUUUAAGCGAUUAAGCUCAAAUAUCUGCUCGCUCUGACGUUGUCACUGCACUGCGUUAAAUACUGUAUUAUAAAGAAAUCAUUUCUAACCGGUUUGUGUUUUGCAGUAUGAAAUAUAUUUGAAUUAAUGAAGAGAUUUAUUGCGUUUGUUAACACCCACACAUAGUGUUUUUUUAUUGUAUAUUAAAGAAUUUGAAGUGCAUUUAUUUUAAUUUUUUUCCUGACAUUUCAGUUAUCUUAAAAACAAGAAACUAAAUAAAAAGGCACAAUCAAUACUUUAUUCCUUAAGAGAGUGCCUUGAGUGAAAGCUGGUGUUUUUUUAAAAAAAAUUUUUUUUAAAUUUUUUCACCCCAAAAGCUGCUGUCAUGUUAAAACGUCGUCCUGUUUCACCACAAAUCCUCUUACAGGAUCAGCUGCUGUUUGGACCAACAUUGUUGAAUUGGCCAGUUAAACAGCUGCUGAAAAGGAAUGUAAAAUAAAAUACAUUUAUUUUAUUUUCUGAAAUAAUUUUAUUCAAAAAGUCAAGUUUUCACAGAUGUUUAUGUACAUGUCAGAAUUUUAAUUUCUUGUGGUGGAUGUUGUUUAGAUUGUGUUGUGUAAACUUUUUAUUAUUGUUUUUUUUAAUCCUCAAUUCACUCGUCCUUUCAAAUCAAGGAGCUUCUGCUAAGUAUCAACUUGACCAAGUUUUGAUCUGCAUUUCAUAAGUAAGGAUGCUGUGGAUGUUUUAUUUGCUUUGUCAUCUGUUUCAUUUACAGUAUUUCUAUGUGAACAUCUUGUUAAAAAUAUUUUUUUUAAUUAAACAUUCCUGGAAGUCUGAGUCUAAUACCAAUAAAUCAUUACUCUGACCA